GCCUUGGAAGUUAGAACCAUUUGUGUGAACAGAAUCCAUCCAUGCACUGAAAUUUACGAGGAUUAUCGUCUCUCUAUAAAUAGGCCACUUCAAAAAUAGGAAAAUCAUCCCAAUAACAAAAUGGAUUUGGCAGACGUACUCACCACCAUUCCCUUGCCCACAAUCGUCCUGGCUUUAGCAUCCCUCGCCUUCCUCUGCUUCUUCGUAAUAACCACCACCAAGUACAACAAACAUGGAGCAUCGCCGCCGCCGCCGCCGCCACAGGCCAGCGGCUCCUGGCCCAUCAUCGGCCACCUCCACCUCCUGGGUGGGCCGCGCCCGCCACACCGCGUAUUGGGCCAGAUGGCCGACCAGCAUGGCCCAAUCUUCACGAUCCGGAUGGGAGUCCACCCGGCCCUGGUGGUCAGCAGCUGGGAGAUCGCCAAGGAGUGUCUGACCACCCACGACCGGAUUUUCGCUGACCGGCCGGCCACCCUGGCCAUGGACAUUCUCGGCUACCACCGGUCCAUGUUCGGGUUUAGCCCGUACGGUUCGUUCUGGCGCGAGACCCGGAAGAUGGCCACGCUGGAGCUCCUCUCCUCGCACCGCCUCGAUUUGCUCCAACACGUGCGGGAGUCCGAGGUCCGGACCGCCACCAAAGAGCUGUACGCCUAUUGGCAAGCCGCCAACAAGGAGCAAGGAGAAAACUUGAAAUUAGCAGCUAAACCCUCUGCCUCUACUGCUGAAGAGGGGAGAAACGGCCGCGUCUCGGUGGAGAUGAGUAGUUGGUUUGGGGAGAUAUCGAUGAACGUUAUCUUGAGGAUGAUAGCUGGGAAAUCCGUGGGGUACUUGACGGGCGGAGCGGACAGCGUGAAGCUGAGCAAGUUGUUGAAGGAAUUCUUUGAACUGACGGGAAGGUUCGUGGUGGCCGACGGGCUGCCGUACCUGCGGUGGUUGGACGUCGGAGGGUUCGAAAAGGCGAUGAGGAAGACGGCGGGGGAGAUGGAUGUCGUGGUAGAAGGGUGGCUGAGGGAGCACAAGGCCAAAAGAGAUUCCGGCGAGGCGGCGGAGACAGAGAAGGAUUUCAUGGACGUGAUUCUUGAUGCCGUCGGCGAACAGCAGGAUAUCGACGGUCGAGAUUCAGCUACCUUUAACAAAGCUACGUCUCUUGGCUUUGUAUUAGCCGCUUCAGACACAACCAUGGUGACAAUGACCUGGCUCCUCUCUCUGCUAGUGAACCACCCCGACGUCUUGAAAACAGCUCAAACCGAGCUAGACAACCACAUCGGCAAACAACGUCGAGUUCAAGAAUCCGAUCUCCGCAACUUGGACUACCUCAAAGCCAUCGUCAAGGAAACCCUCCGUCUGUACCCUCCCGGGCCGAUCUCCUUGCCCCACCAAUCCAUUGAAGAUUGCACCGUGGCUGGCCGGUUCGUCAGUAAAGGAACCCGGCUCAUCGUUAACAUAUCCAAGAUCCAGCGUGACCCAAGGGUCUGGCCGGACCCGGACGAGUUUCGACCGGACCGGUUCCUCACGACUCACAAGGAUGUCGACGUGAGGGGGCAGGAUUUCGAGCUUAUACCUUUUGGUAGUGGAAGGAGGAUGUGCCCUAGCGUAAAUUUCGCGCUACGAGUUAUGCACUUGACCUUAGCUACGCUCUUGCAUGGGUUUAAUUUUGAGAGGCUGGGUAGCGAACCGAUUGAUAUGACGGAGGGCAUCGGGCUGACUGUCCCUAGAGCAACUCCUCUUGAUGUUUUAGUGUCUCCUCGCCUGCCUCCUCAUCUGUAUGAGUGAACCGAAUAUAAUUAUUAGGUAUUAAUUUCACAAUUCUAUUUGAACGAAUCUAUUUGUUUGUCGUUAAUAUCAUUGUUGUAAGCAUGCUUAUUCUCUAUAAUCGUUUCAAGUUCAUGUGACUUAUUAUGUAUUCAAUAAAUAACACGGUGAAUUAUGUGGUGCUCAGAGUAAUUGUUGUUGAUGAAUUUUAAUAGAGGAACAAUUUCCUCCCCCGUCAC